UGUCGCCGGUCGGGAGCGCGCUAGAGUGGGGCGGGCGUGGAGCGUGCGGGGGCCGCGCGCUGCCUCUCAGAGGCCGGACGGCACUGCUGGCAGGCGGCAGCGGCGGCAGCUGUGACGGGUACCUUGCCGGGGUGAAACACCAUAACCUGGUUGAGCUCCGCAUCCAGGAAGCCCAAGACUGAGGAAGAAGAUCAGAGACUUUGACUCACCUGGAAACAGGGACAUCUUUGGGAUGUUCCUUUUAUCCACAAUGAUCAUUUAAACUAUCAAGUGGAAUUUAUUCAUCUUAUUCUGCUUAUUGGGAAGAACAUGGCUUCAAGGAUUUUACAUUUUCCUUUAGUUUUGCAUGAACUCUAUGGGAAACGGAGCCCCUAAAGGGCUUGGGAAUAACAAGAAGAGAUUGAAAACGACAGUAUUGCUGUCUGUUUUCUCUCUGCCUUCAAAGAAAAGGGUUAACAACUCAGUCCUGUAGCAGCUGUUGUCCAACUGUGGCCAUCAAGAGAGAAAAGUUAAACACCAUUGUCAUACUACCAGCUCUGGUGAAGUCAAGGUGUGAGCGUGGUGGCAUUAAGAAGACUGCUGAAAAGGGACAAGGACUAGUGAAAACAGCUUCUCUUUAAAGCCAGAAGGGGUCCCAAGUUUCUUCUUGGAUAAAAUUAGAAACUAGGGCACGCCACUUCUGGGUGCAGCUCAUAUUUUGUGGAAGUGUGGUUGUUGUGGGGGUACUAUUGUAUCUCAGAGGAAUUGUCCCUUUUCUGAGGUUUCUGCCCUACCCUGAUACUGUCUCCUUAACUUCCGAAGACUUGUCUCUAUCCAUGAGCUAUACCUUGAUUUGUCUGACUUUCCAUGUCUCCACCUGCAAUUUGCAUGUGUACAGCCUAUUGUUUAUCUCCAAUUUUUAAACUAUACAAGUUGCGUUUCUUAAUCUCCCCUUCUACUUUUUUCUGGGGAGGUAGUAAUUCAUCAGUAGAAAUCACCUUUCCCCCUCCCAUGUGCUUUCCUUCAUUUGAGAUCUUUUGACUUUCAUUUUUAUUUGGGAGGGGGAAGGGUGAUAAUUUGAUAUUUUCUGUUUUCCCCAGUUUCCUCCCUCUUUUUCCCUCUUCCCAUUUUCUUGUCUGUUCUGCCGCUGUGUGGGCCUGGGCUAUGCGGCAGGGCAGAUAUUUCAUCAGAGCUCCAACAUGCCCUCAGAGUCUGGAAAGAGAUUCAAACCCAGCAAGUAUGUACCGGUCUCAGCAGCUGCCAUCUUCCUAGUGGGAGCUACAACACUCUUCUUUGCCUUCACGUGUCCAGGACUAAGCCUGUAUGUGUCACCUGCAGUGCCCAUCUACAAUGCGGUUAUGUUUCUCUUUGUGCUGGCCAACUUCAGCAUGGCCACCUUCAUGGACCCAGGAAUUUUUCCUCGAGCUGAGGAGGAUGAAGACAAAGAAGAUGAUUUCCGAGCUCCUCUUUACAAAACAGUAGAGAUCAAAGGCAUUCAGGUGCGCAUGAAAUGGUGUGCCACCUGCCGUUUCUAUAGGCCUCCCAGAUGUUCCCAUUGCAGUGUCUGUGACAACUGUGUGGAGGAAUUUGAUCAUCACUGCCCCUGGGUGAACAACUGUAUUGGUCGCCGGAACUAUCGUUAUUUCUUCCUAUUCCUCCUUUCCCUGACAGCCCAUAUCAUGGGUGUGUUUGGCUUUGGCCUCCUCUAUGUCCUCUACCCCAUUGAGGAACUCUCAGGGGUCUGCACAGCUGUCACAAUGGCAGUGAUGUGUGUGGCUGGCUUAUUCUUUAUCCCUGUAGCUGGCCUCACAGGAUUUCAUGUGGUGCUGGUGGCUAGGGGACGCACAACCAAUGAACAGGUUACGGGUAAAUUCCGAGGAGGUGUAAACCCCUUCACCAAUGGCUGCUGUAACAACGUCAGCCGUGUCCUUUGCAGUUCUCCAGCACCCAGGUAUUUGGGGAGACCAAAGAAAGAGAAGACAAUUGUAAUCAGACCUCCUUUCCUUCGACCAGAAGUGUCAGACGGGCAGAUAACUGUGAAGAUCAUGGAUAAUGGCAUCCAGGGAGAACUGAGGAGAACUAAGUCUAAAGGAAGCCUAGAGAUAACAGAGAGCCAGUCUGCAGAUGCAGAACCUCCGCCUCCUCCUAAGCCAGACCUGAGCCGUUACACCGGGCUGCGAACACACCUAAGCCUGGCUACUAAUGAGGAUAGUAGCCUUCUGGGGAAGGACAGCCCCCCCACACCGACCAUGUACAAGUAUCGGCCAGGUUACAGUAGCAGCAGUACAUCAGCCGCCAUGCCUCAUUCUUCCAGCGCCAAGUUGAGUCGUGGGGACAGCUUGAAGGAGCCAACCUCAAUUGCAGAAAGCAGCCGCCAUCCCAGCUACCGCUCAGAGCCAAGCUUGGAGCCAGAGAGCUUCCGAUCUCCCACCUUUGGCAAAAGUUUUCAUUUUGAUCCACUAUCCAGUGGCUCACGCUCCUCCAGCCUCAAGUCAGCCCAGGGCACAGGCUUUGAGCUGGGCCAGUUGCAGUCUAUUCGUUCAGAGGGCACCACUUCCACCUCCUAUAAGAGCCUGGCCAAUCAGACACGCAAUGGAAGCCUGUCAUAUGACAGUCUACUCACUCCUUCAGACAGCCCUGAUUUUGAGUCAGUGCAGGCAGGGCCUGAGCCAGAUCCACCUUUAGGAUAUACUUCUCCCUUCCUCUCAGCCCGGCUGGCCCAGCAACGGGAAGCUGAGCGGCACCCACGUUUGGUGCCAACCGGUCCAACACACCGGGAGCCCUCACCAGUCCGUUACGACAAUCUGUCACGCCAUAUUGUGGCCUCCCUUCAGGAACGAGAGAAGCUGCUACGACAGUCACCCCCACUUGCGGGCCAUGAGGAAGAACCAGGCUUGGGGGACUCGGGCAUUCAGUCAACUCCAGGCUCAGGCCAUGCCCCUCGUACUAGUUCCUCCUCAGAUGAUUCGAAGAGAUCGCCCUUGGGCAAGACUCCACUGGGACGCCCAGCUGUUCCCCGUUUUGGCAAACCAGAUGGGCUAAGGGGCCGGGGACUAGGGUCACCGGAACCAGGCCCAACUGCCCCAUAUCUGGGCCGAUCAAUGUCUUACAGCAGCCAAAAAGCCCCACCUGGUGUCUCUGAGACAGAGGAAGUUGCAUUGCAGCCAUUAUUGACACCCAAAGAUGAAAUACAGCUCAAGACCACCUACAGCAAAUCCAACGGGCAGCCCAAGAAUAUAGGCUCAGCCUCCCCUGGCCAGCCACCACUUAGUAGUCCCACAAGGGGAGGAGUCAAGAAGGUGUCAGGGGUGGGUGGUACCACCUAUGAGAUUUCCGUGUGAGCCUUCAAUGUCUCUCCUCCCCCAUGCCUCUGCACCUACACCAAAGGGCCCCAGAUGGCCACCUUCCUUCCCUCAAGGGGCUCCCCUACCAUGCAUGGACAUUUUCUAAACCACUGAUUCCAAGAGAAUGAGGAGUGUUUUAUAAAAUGCCACAGGGCUGGGGAGUUGGAGAAUUGGGGCCCUGAGACUGGGGUAGCAACCCCCUUUGACCUUUUAAGACCUUCCCUUAAUCCCUGGACCAGACUCAGCGGACACUUGUGCAAUUGCUCGCCCUGGAGGGAACCAGAUCAUUUUUAAACCAGAAAUAAUUUUUUUUAUUAUUGUUACGGAAUCUAUUUUUUUCCUCUUCUGCGUUACAAGGUGUGUGUGUACAUAUAUAUAUAUUAUAAAUAUCAAAGAAAUUAUAUAUCUAUCCUGGGAUGGGAGAAUGAGGGAGAGAUACAUAUGUACAUGUAUAUAUACAUAUAUGUACAUAUAUAUAUGUAUAAGGAGGGAGAUUUUAUUUUUCCCCUUCCCUCAGGCCAGCAGGAAAAGAGACUUUGAAGUCUUCCUUUUUCCCAUGGCUCCCUCUCUUGUCCCAGUUACCAACUAAGGAAAUAGCACCCCCUGUUGGUGCUAUGUAAUUAGGAAAGAAACCUGGGGAGAGGUGAGUCUGUGGUCUUGGUCAGAUAAGGGGAGGCUCAUUGGCAUCUAAUUUCCCAGGAAAAAGAGGUCACAGCUGUAUGACAUUGGUGGUAGUGGUGGAUCAGGAGCAAAGCUUGGCCUAGCUUAAACUGUUGGGCAGUCCCCAUUCUUGUAAAGGGGAUUACAGUGACCCCUUACAACACUUCCUAUAUAGCUUUCAGCUAUAUUAAAAUCCAAGGCCAGGAGAGAAUCCAAAAUGCAAUAUUCAUCAUAUGCCAAAAAUGGGAUAGAGAGAAGGAGUGGCAGGCCUUUGCCCCUCCAAUAGUCCCUUGGGGGAGUUACCCCUUAGCCCACCUCGGUAUGGUGCUGGGUAGAGGGAGUACCUGGGUUCUAAUCUCUAAAUAGGGAAGACCCCAGCCUCUAGAUAGAGGUCCUAUUAUUUUUUAUUCUGACUAGCCAUUUUAAACCAACAAGGAAUAAAAAGAAAUCCUGAUCUAACCAGC